AAACAUUGUGGUGCCACUUGGAGACUCUCAUCAUCGAUCAAGUCAUUUCACCAUUUGACUGUCAGAGUUGCACCAUUCUUUAUGGUCAUCUGAAGUUUUUUUAAUUUUAUUUCAUGCAUGGGCCAAUUAGGAUGUAGAGUUACACAACAUAUGUAUCACAAUAGUGCACUCAUAUGAAGAGUAUAACGAACCUCCUUCAAGUCGAUAUUGUAUUGAUUAGUAAAUUAAUAAGGGGCACAUGAAAGACAUCUGAAUGGGAUUUUAAGCAAAAAGUUGCUUCUUCUCGUCACACAAACACAGAACAUGGGUAGAUAUAUACAGAUAAAUAGAAUGUAAAUAUAUUGUAGAACUGCAAAUAGGAUAUUAGUGCAUAUCCUACCUGAAAAAAAACGAGUGAGACAGGGGUUGGAAAAAGGCUGCGUAGGAUCAAUGAGAUAUAAGGUCCCCGCAUUGCCGCCUAAGGCGAUUUGUCAGAAGUACCUCCCUGCACAUGCAUUCCCAAUUCUUACGGCUGGUCAGGUCACCGGGCGGCUGGCAAUUAAACGAAAUUCUCCGUUUUGGGAUGAAGCUAGUUGCGUCCGCGACAUCCACUCGCAGCGAAUAAUACAGGAGGACGCAUUAUGGGUUGAAUGAAAUUGGAAAAAGGGAGUCAGCGGUAUAGUCAUAAUUUAUACUACAAUGGACGAGCCAAACAUUCUCAGACGUCGUGGGCUGCAGAAAGAGCUGAGCCUUCCACGAAGGGGGAACAUUUGCCGUAACAGCAAAAGGGGUCUGGCGGUCGGGACCCCCUCGCCGUCACUCUCCCGACCACUCUCACCUCUCCCCCUUGCCACAGCUGGAAGUAGUCCCCAAGAAAGCCCCAGAAAUGUCUCUGCCAGUGCCACCGCCAACUUCCAGUUUGCGCGCAGUCACCUGGCACGCACUGAAAGAGCGGAUGGGCGGAGAUGGUCUGUGGCCUCCGUUCCCUCGUCUGGCUAUGGAACCAACCCCCCCAGCUCCUCAGUGUCUUCCUCCUCCUCCUCCCAGGAGCUCUUGCACCAGCUGCCCUUCCAGCCCACGGCAGAUGAGCUUAAUUUCCUGUUUAAACACUUCCGGAGCACAGAGAGUUUGGCGGACGAGGAAGGGCAGCCCUCAUCCCUUGUGAGGCUCCGCUCCCGCAGUCUUAGCCCUGGUCGGACAUGCGGCAGCUUUGAUAAUGAGAUUGUAAUGAUGAAUCACGUUUACAAAGAGCGCUUUCCCAAGGCCACAGCUCAGAUGGAGGGGCGUCUGCUGGACAUCCUCGCCGACUGCUCUCCAGACAGCACCCUGCCCCUGGCUGACGGCGUGUUGGGCUUCAUCCAGCACCAGCUAGUGGAGCUGGCCAGAGACUGCCUGGACAAGUCCCAGAUGGGCCAGGUCACCUCGCGCUACUUCAUGGAGUUGCAGGAGAAACUGGAGAAACUACUGCAUGAGGCGUAUGAGCGGUCAGACAGUGAGGAAGUGACCGUCAUCAUCAAGCUAGUGAAGAAGAUUCUCAUCAUUAUCUCCAGGCCAGCCAGGUUACUGGAGUGUCUGGAGUUUAACCCAGAGGAGUUCUUGCACCGUCUGGAGGCAGCAGAGGACCAUGCCAAGGUGGGCCAGGUCAUCAAGACGGACAUCCCCCGCUACAUCAUCAGCCAGCUGGGCCUAACCAGAGACCCUCUGGAAGACAUGGUCCAUCUGGAGCAGACCUGCCCUGGUCACGGAGUGGCCUGCAGAGACGGUGACGACACUGGGGAGAACCGAGCAGCCUGCGCUCCUUCUCGCAGGAAACCAGUUGAGAGCGACUUUGACACCCUCAAGCUCAUCAGUAACGGGGCCUAUGGUGCUGUGUUUCUGGUGAGGCACAGGGAGACCCGGCAGCGUUUUGCCAUGAAGAAGAUCAACCGUCAGAACCUGAUGCUGAGGAACCAGAUCCAGCAGGUAUUUGUGGAGCGGGACAUCCUGACCUUCGCCGAGAACCCCUUCGUUGUCUCCAUGUUCUGCUCUUUCGAGACUCGCAGACACCUCUGUAUGGUCAUGGAGUAUGUAGAAGGUGGGGACUGUGCCAACCUGUUGAAAAACAUUGGCCCGCUGCCAGUGGACAUGACCAGGAUGUACUUUGCUGAGACGGUCUUGGCACUGGAGUACCUCCACAACUACGGCAUCGUACACAGAGACCUGAAACCUGACAAUUUGCUGAUCACGUCCAUGGGCCACAUCAAGCUGACUGACUUUGGGCUGUCCAAGAUCGGCCUGAUGAACAUGACCACCAACCUGUAUGAGGAACACAUUGAAAAGGACACAAGGGAGUUUAUAGACAAGCAGGUGUGUGGUACUCCGGAGUACAUCGCUCCAGAGGUGAUCCUGAGGCAGGGCUAUGGGAAGCCGGUGGACUGGUGGGCUAUGGGCAUCAUCCUCUAUGAGUUCCUGGUGGGCUGCGUGCCUUUCUUCGGAGACACACCCGAACAGCUCUUCGGACAGGUGGUCAAUGAUGACAUCAUCUGGCCUGAGGGGGAGGAUGCCCUGCCUGCUGAUGCCCAGGACCUGAUCACCAGGCUGCUGAGGCAAAGCCCUCUGGACCGCCUCGGGACUGGGGGGACACCAGAGGUCAAGAUGCACAUGUUCUUUGUGGGUCUGGACUGGAACGGACUGUUACGACAGAAAGCAGAGUUUAUCCCCCAAUUGGAGACUGAGGACGACACCAGCUACUUUGACACCCGAUCUGAGCGGUACAGUCACCUGGGCUCAGAUGAUGAUGAUGAUGAGACCUGUGAUGAAGACACGUCCCUGGAGCUCAAGCAGUUCUCCUCUGUGGCACAUCGCUUUAGCAAGGUGUACAGCAGCACGGAGCACCUGUCCACCUCCACGCCAUCCAAUCGUAGCCUGUCGUCGUCAGAGCGCAGCCACAGUGAGGAGAAGGUAGGGAGGUGGGAGGGGAGGAGUUUCCUCUCCCCAGAAGAGGGCCACAAAAAGGGGGCCAGCGGGGAUCGGAGGACUGAGGGACACCGAGGAAGUCCUCCUCCCCUCAUGUCCUCUAGCCUGCGUCCCAGGGCCUCCUCCGGUUCGUCCCAGUCAGAGAGGAGUGUCAGUCCGCUGGUGAUGAACAGCACCCAGAGCCUGGACACCAUGCCACGCUUCACCAUCUCAGCUGAGGAAGAGGAUGGCGUCGUGUCCAACUUGCGGCGUAUCCGUCUCCGUAGUAACAGCACGGGUACGCGGCCCUCCUACAGGCGCGGGGGGUCCCGCCGCUUUGGGCACCAGCUGGACACCCCCGAGAAGCCCAGGUCACCCGCGGGCUGCAUGGUCCCCAAGUCUGCCUCCGUCUCUGGCCUGUCCCUCAUCAUCACCCCAGACACUGCGGACGGUGCCCCCGCCAGCCCCAAGUCGUCCCUGUCCUCCAACCCCUCGUCCCGGGACUCGUCCCCCAGCCGAGGGGACCUGUCCCUCAGUAGCCUGCGCCCCCCCAUGGUCAUCCACAGCUCUGGGAAGAGGUUUGGCUUCGCCCUGCAAGCCAUCCGUGUCUACAUGGGUGACUCAGACGUCUACACCGUGCACCACAGGGUCUGGUGUGUGGAGGAGGACACCCCGGCUCAUGAGGCAGGGCUGAGAGCCGGUGACCUCAUCACCCACGUGAAUGGAGAGUCGGUCCAGGGGCUUGUGCACACUGAGGUGGUGGAGCUGCUGCUCAAGAGUGGCAAAAAGGUGAUGCUGCAGACCACGGCCCUGGAAAACACCUCCAUCAAGGUGGGCCCAGCCAGGAAGACCAGCUACAAAAGCAAGAUGGCCCGACGCAGCAAGAAGAGCAAGAGGAAGGACGGCCAGGACAGUAGACGACGUAGCGUCUUGAGGAAGAUGGCCAAGCACAACCCUCCCAUGCAGAGCAGUCGCAGUUUCUCCUCCGGCUUACAGCAUUCAGUAUCCUCCAGUGACAGCUUGUCUGGCUCCCCCACCCAGAGCCUCUCGCCUGGGCCCAGCACACCCUGCCCCUCCCCCGACCAGUCUGGAGACUCCAACUCCCCCCAGAGCUCCUCUCCCUGCUCCAGCUCUCCCAACUCCCCCGUCCCCCAGGCCCGUCCCAGCUCCCUCCAGGUCCUAGGCCGCUACACCAAGGCAGGCCGCUGCAAGUCCACCAGCAGCAUCCCCCCCUCCCCGCUGGCCUGUAUCCCCCCUCCGCAGGCCCUUUCCUCCCAGUGCUCUCCGUCCUCCCUCCCUGGCCUGUCCAAGGGCCUCCACGGCAAGACCCUGUCCCCUCCCACCGUUGCCCGCCACUCUGUCCGCCCGCGCAGUGCCGAGCCGCCCCGCUCUCCCCUCCUCAAGAGGGUGCAGUCGGCUGAGAAGCUCUCAGGGGUGUACCACGGUGACAAGAAGGCCUACGCCACCCGCCGACACACCAUGGAGGUACCCCUGUCGGAGGGGGAGGGGCUAGAGGCCCUGGAUACGGCCAGAGGGUUUGUCUGUGUGGGGGAACAACAUGGCCGCCAGGGCCUGUAUCUGGGCGGUCAGAGAAUCCACAGGGAGUCGACAAGCAGCGACCACCGCAGUGACCACUGCUCCAAGGAGUUGGUGAUGAGGAAACUGGCCCUGUCCGAGAGGAGGGACUCCUUUAAGAAGCAGAAGGCGGUGCAGGAGGUGAGCUUUGACGACCCGGAUGAGAAGGAGCAAAGACCCACCCUCCCCGUCAGGCAGCCGCGGUUUAAGGCAUCGUGGAUUAACUUGGCUCAGUCCGACUGGAGCCUGGAGGCUGCGGGGCAAGGAACACAGGGUACAGCAGCACAGAAAUCCAAACCAAAAGAGAGGGAGGGGUUUUAGCCUAGCGUUGCUCCAAAAAGGUGAAAGGUAGUCUUUCUCAAGACAGCAAGACUCUAGACUAAGGUUACAUACUCUCUUACCGACUACUGUACAGUAUAUGAAGGGCUUGCAUGUUUAUCCGCAAGUAUAUACUCAAGUUGUGCCAAUCGAGGCAACCGGAGGGAGAGAAGAACAAAAAUAAAGUUGUUACAUGGUCGAGUUAACGUUACAGUCCGCAUCCUACCACACUAAACAAAAACUUUUGAGUGCCAAAAUUUACAUCCUAUUUUUGGUUUCCCCCUCCUUCCCCCUUUGGGUUUUAGGUUCACUGUAACAUGUUUGUACCUUGUAAAUAUGUUUUUUCUUUUUUACUGAAAUAACCUAUACAUGACUUUUUAAUGUUUAUUUUAUUUCAGGGCUGAAUAUGACGUCAUGUAUUGGCCCUUUUUGUGUAAAUUGUACACAUUAGGUGCAGCCAUUCUGUUGUGUGAAUUGAUAGGGACUUGAGGAAACUAAAUUAAGAACAAAUGUUUUAGAUAUGGAGACAGAGGAUGAAGCUUUUUUUUUUGUCCAAUAUCUCUUAAAUUUUUUAAUUGGGUAACAUUUUAUUAGUAUUCCAAACGUGUUUAAUUUUUGGGAAAAUGGCUACUGAUUUUUGUCUGAUCAAAAAUGGCCUUUCAAACGUAUGUUGAAUGCUUAUGUACUUAUUGUGUCCAAGCCCUUUUAAUUCAGUGCUGUCUUUUAACACACUAGAACAAUAAUGUGUUGGAUAGUUCCCUCAUGCCAAAGCAUGGAUUUCUCAUAGGAACCCUUCUAAAAAAAGAGGUAGUGUACAUAUGAGGCUUCAGGAAUGGGGCCCUGCUGCCAUGCCCUGUCAAUCAUCCGUGAAGUCAUCAAAUGGAUUCCACCAAUUCUCUCAUUGGUUUAAAUCUCAAAAUGAUUGACAGGACACAAAAUAAAUUAAGCUAAGUUCUACCUUUUGAUACUAGAUUGUUGGCGAUCCUGCAAUGCCGUACUUUCCUGCUCGUUGAAGCAAGCUACCCUACAAUCUAAUUUAGCAGGAGAGCGUUUGGACAGGUUAGGCAUUUCCUCAACGCAGUUCUCGUUAAUGUUCAGAACCCUGGUUUAAGAAUCGUACAGUGUAUGUAGGAACUGGCGCUCUUUGCUGUUUUUAACCAUGUUAUAUGAAUGUUUACAUUUUUUGGGGUCAAGUAUACUGUAUUUGAAGUUUUUCCAUCUGCUGUUAAAUUAUUACAACAAAUGAUGGGAAACAGCAGGAUUCCAACAGAAGCCCUGAAGGACAAAUAAAUUGAAAUGUUUUUUUUUGUAUAUUUUGACAUGGAAGCAGUCUUGUUGUAUUGCUGAUUCGCCUAUGCUACUCACACACACCGUAACUAAUCUAAACGGCAGUUGGCAAAAAUGACUUUUUGGGGGGUAGAACAGCCGACUUGAUGGAAUGACAGUGGUUUGGUGAGAGAUUUGAAGAUGGUUUUGCUCUGAACUUUGUAUACUCUCAUUGGCACAUUGUUUUCUUCUGCAACUAUGGAAUUAACAACCAAAAUGCUUCCACUCUUGGUUAUUUCAAAUAAGCUGUAAUAUCAGGAUGAACUGUCAGGUGAUGUUAGGAACAUGUGUUUCACUGUUUGCUUUGACUAUGGGAAUAUUGACAGAGUUAAAAUAAUUUAACACCAACUAAUACUUGAACAACUGGAACGAGAUAGGAUAGCGCAAGGUCAAACCUAAAACUUACCUACUUGUUUUAUUACCCAACAUUGUUUACUUAAUUAAGUACUUGAAACGUGUGUGUUUCUUGAGGAUAUAAUCAAAUAAGUAAUUCAAUUCACAAUGGAUUUCCCAGAUCUUGAUGAUGUCAAAAUGUGGUCCCUUUAUUGGAAAUACUGCAUCUUGCUACGGUGUCGUCAUACUAGACAUUUUUACUGAAUAACUACAUGUUAUAUUUGUCUUUUUUUUUUUUUUUCUUGGCCUAGCUUGCUAGAGAAUUUGUCUGAUUCUUACAGUAUGGCUAAGCUGACCACGAUUGUGAACACAACCAUUCUGCAUUUCUACACUGUUCAAUGUUACACAAAAAAAAACACGGUUUCUGAAUGCACCCAAAUCCGUGUACAUUUUUUACGUCACUGAAUUGUAUACAUUUUUUUUUAAUAUUUGUUUUAUUCAACUUCAAUAACACUUAAGAAUAAAGGGGGUAAAGUAUGAGGUGCACGCGGUAUACAACCAGCUGAUGAUACUUUCUCACAUUUUUCCUGAUACUGUAUCUGUAAUGUUGAUUUCGUCACAUGGGUGGUCAAUUGUAAUUCAUAUAGAUAAUUCACAUUGUUUGGUUCUGUCUUUACCUUGGUGGCCCUCGAACGACUUCAUUUCAUAUUUCUCAAACUGGUUUCUGGUGAAAGUUGGUGUGAAAUCCAUUGCUUUAUACUGUCUAACAGCAUUUGAAAUAAAUGAAUGGCAGAAGACUAA